CUUCCAUACAUGUUAAUGGUCCAGUUUGAAAAGCGUCAGGCUCCUCUGCAUGCACAACCAUGCGCUAAGCUCCUCUGCGCAUGCGCAAAGUUCCAUAACGGCGGACGACAGUCUCGUUUUGCCUCUUUUUUCCGGUAUACGGUAGAAAUUUACAUCCACUUCUGCGGCUACAGACCGAGAAGAAGCGACUGGUGAAGCUAAGAGGAAAUAAAACAUUAUUUUGACUUUUUUAUGCGUGAAAUGAAGCCGCUACAGAGCUGUCGGUGCACAAGAAGUGUCAUCACUACGGUUCUUUGUCUGCAAUGAUUCAAGCAAUCAGAGUGGAAGUGGGAUUUUUUUCUUUUAAGUAAUUUACAUUUAGUAGUAAAUGUUGCUUCGGCUCUUCAAACAGAAAAGAAAGAUGAGGAUGGAGGAAAACAGGACAAUCCGCUGAUUUCUGCUUCACGCCUGCUUUUGAUGAUGCAACGUGGUGAAAUUUGUCACUUUUGAUCUUUUCCUGACCCUUUGACUCCUCUCUCGGAGCCGACUGACUCACGGCGCUCUAAACAAACAAAGCUGCAGGCCUGUAAACAUCCUUAGACCGCCUCCCUCUGUAGAUGCUCUUGUCUCUGACGAUCUUCCUGUCCAGGCUCCACCGGCAUCUCAGAUUCAUGUUCAGCUCAGACAGACUCACCGUCCCAGAUUAUGUCAGCCGGCUACAGAGAGGGAGGGGCGGCUCCGGGGGCGAGCCCAAGCCGACCUCCCCGGGCAUCAAUGCCGACGUCCGGGCUGUCUUGGACACCUCACUCCCCGCCUUGCGCUCCGCCAUCCAGACACUCAAAGCAGCAAAGGAAAGCUCUGAUUCAGAUGAGACCCGCAGGGCCGUGGCGGAGAUCUAUCAGCUAGUGGAGGAAGCCUGGGUUUUACCCACCGUGGGUCGUCAAGUGGCCGAGGAGAUCUGCAACAGGAUCCGGCUGGAUGGAGGCCUGGAACUGCUGCUGCUGCAGCUGCAGCAGACACCUGCUGUGGAGAUCAUGUAUGAGUCUGCAAAACUGCUGGAGCAGAUAUUGAUCUGUGAGAACAGGGAUUACGUUGCCCGCAUGGGUCUGGGUGUCAUCCUCAAUCUGACCCGACAACAGGACGAUGCUCAGCUGGCUCGCAGCGUUUCUGGCAUCUUGGAGCACAUGUUCAAACACACAGAGGAGACGUCCAUCCACCUAAUCUCCAACGGCGCUCUGGACGCCCUCCUGUUCUGGUGCCGCGGCACAGACCCCACCGUGCUGCGUCACUGCGCCGUGGCACUGGCCAACUGUGCCAUGUACGGAGGCCACCGCUGUCAGCGGUGGAUGAUCGAGAAGCAGGCGGCCGAGUGGCUCUUCCCUCUGGCGUUUUCCAAAGAGGAUGAGCUCAUCCGCUUCUACGCCUGCCUGGCUGUGGCGGUGUUGGCUGCAAACCGAGAAAUUGAGAAAGAGGUGGUGAAAUCAGGCACCCUGGACCUGGUGGAGCCGUUCAUCUCGUCUCUGGAUCCGGACGACUUCACUCGCUGCUUACUGGACAGCGCAGACUGCAUGCAGGGGAGGACAGCGUCUGACCUGCAGCACCUCUUACCCUUACUGGAUGGCAUCAGAGUGGAGGGAAAGUGCAUUGCUGCCUUUUAUCUUUGCGUGGAGGCCAGUAUCAAAUCCCGUCAACGCAACAUGAAGAUAUUCCAAGAGAUCGGUGCAGUCCAGAGCCUGAAAAGAAUCGUCAUGUACUCCAGUAACGACACGGCCUCUGGCCUCGCCAAGCGGGCACUGAGUAUGAUGGGAGAAGUAGUGCCAAAGCGAAUCCUGUCAUGUGUGCCUAACUGGAAAAGCUGCGAAGUGCAGACGUGGCUGCAGCAGGUUGGCUUUAGUGCCUUCUGUGAUCGUUUCCAGGAGCUCCAGGUGGAUGGAGACCUCCUGCUGAACAUCACCGAUCAAGAUCUAAGCUCUGAUUUGGGCAUGGCUGCAGGUCUCACACGCAAGAGGUUUCUGAGAGAUUUACGUGUGCUGAAGACUUACGCCGACUACUCCAUGUGCGACCCAAACAACAUGGCUGAUUUGUUGGUCGAAGUGGAUCCCCGUUUUCGCCAGUACACCUACGGCCUGGUCCAGUCAGGAGUGGACCGCAGCAACAUCCAGUGUCUGACCGAUCAGCAACUGCAGCACGACUGCCACGUGGAGAAUGGAGUCCACAGAGCAAAGAUACUGUCGGCCACACGGAGGCCCCUAAAGCCGUGUCACACAGACGCCCAGCCUCCAGGACCCGACGUGUUCAUCAGCUACCGUCGGACUACCGGCUCCCAGCUGGCCAGUCUGCUGAAGGUGCACCUACAGGUCAGAGGUUACAGUGUCUUUAUAGACGUGGAGAAGUUGGAGGCUGGGAAGUUUGAGGACAAACUCAUUCAGAGUGUUCAGAGGGCCCGCAACUUCAUCUUGGUUCUGUCCUCCAAUGCCCUCGACAAGUGCAUGGGUGACACGGACAUGAAGGACUGGGUGCACAAGGAAAUAGCCACGGCCCUGGCUGGUAAGAAGAACAUCGUCCCUGUCAUUGAUAACUUUGCAUGGCCGGUCUCCAGCUCACUUCCAGAGGAUAUGAGGCCUAUUCUCAACUUCAAUGGCAUCAAAUGGUCCCAUGAAUAUCAGGAAGCCACCAUCGAAAAGAUCAUCCGCUUCUUGAAAGGACAGCAGGACACGACGGAUGGCUCCAAAGACCAGAAGAAAAAGGAAACAAACCCGGUUUAAACGGCGGCUGCAGAAAGCUGCACAGCAGCUUUACCUCCUCCAGACAAAUGCAUGUGAAGUUCAGGGUGUUCAGAUAACUCCACCACAUGAAUAAGUUAAACAACAGGAUGGGAGUUUUAGACUUCGUAUAAUAAAAUGUAACGCCAGUCUCCACAUGCUGCUGUGUUUGUGUGCCCACGCUAGUAUCAGCCUUCUGUUUCUCAGGUAAAUACCCAACUGACCAGCAGCAUCAACCAUCAGAGACGACACCAUCUUUAACUCUGUGCUGUAAUCUAUAACACGUGUAUCAUAAAGUGAUGCAGGUCACUGAUCUGACUCGGCAGAUUUUUAUGUUGAGAAGAAACUUAGUUUUUGAUAAAACGGAGAAGUUUCAUCUAAGCUUUUAUUCAGACACUAGAUAUGUGGUGUAAGAUUACCCAUAAAGCUGUUAAAAUGAAAAUAAACUGUCUCUGUGUUGCAAAAACCCACAGGUGUUUUAGUAAAGUUGAACAAACCUGUGUAGCGACACCAGCACCACUCUGCUCCGACUCAAAAUAUUUAUGAGUUCUGUUUUUCCAUAAAUAAGCCUUAAAAAUUUCUGUCCUUUUACUCGAGCCUGCACUCACAUUAAAGAUUAAAGUCCUAUUAGUCGUCA